CACGUUUUUUAGGGGGGUGGUAGGGUAGGGGAUGGGUGAGGGUUCUUUGCUCCGUUUUUGGUCGGGGGGGAUGGAUAGAGUACUCUCUAUUCAUCGCCAUCCAGAUCCAUGGAAUUAUGCUAGGACCUGCAAAUUCGUGGGGGUUGAGCUGGGCAGGGCAUCGCAGAGUCAGGGCGUCGCAGGAGGACCAGGACAAGCAACAGUACCUGAAGCACAACGGACGGGAGGAGAGAAAAAAAAAAGCCAAGUGGCGUUGUGGGCAAAAAAGGGCAAGGAGGAAGCUACCCUGCCGCUGUGCAUUUUUUGUGCGAUGGAACUUUCUGAUACGUCACAAGCAUUCCACCAUCCAGAGCGGCUUUUUACAGGCAAGGCAAGACAAGACAGGCCUUGAUGAGGAUCCUCCUAUGCUCUUUGCCUAGAUGUGCAUAUGUCCAGCGACGGGUAGGAUGCUGCCGUCCGGCACGCAGCGGUGGACGAGACAUUUGCGGAGUGCCUUGCUGAUCUGACGGCGCUGAUGGGUGCGUUUUUCAAGUUAGGGUUGGGAGGGGAUAUGCUCAGUGCUAAUGCCUUUGAUGAGCGGUGCAUAAAGUGCAAAUGGUGGG